GGUGCAGCGCGGAGGGAGGCCCCAGCAGUGUACCGCGUCUCGCACCAGAGCCGUCGCGCCGGGCGCGCCAGUCCAGUUUGUAGUGUAGUAUGAGGCUGGACAGGUGGUGACGUUCCCGUACUCAUCAGCGUCGCUGGGGCUGGAAGCAGCUGGAAGAUGGUGCCUCUCGGUGCGUUCUGGGCGUUCCUGCAGGCCUUCCUUCUGCUGGCGGGGCUGGCGCUGGCCGCCGCCGCCCUCCUCCUGUACUACGACCCCACGAUCCGGCGCGCCGUCAAGAUCGCCGAGACGUACCCGCAGCCCAGCGCCCUGCCCGUCGUCGGCCACCUGCUGCACAUCCUCAAGCCCCGCAACGAGCUUUUCUGGCUGCUGCGAAACCUGCACGCCAAGUUCGGAACUCGAUUCGCCAUCAUCCUGUUCGCCAGGCCCUCGUUCAACUUGGCGGACCCACAUGCAGUCGAGGCCGUGCUGUCCAGCAGCAAGCACAUCACCAAGGGCAAGGUGUACGACUUCUUGAGGCCCUGGCUCGGCAACGGCCUGCUCACCAGCGAGGGCAAGCUGUGGCACUCGCGCCGCAAGAUGCUGACGCCCGCCUUCCACUUCCGGAUCCUGGACCAGUUCGCCGAGCACCUGGAGGAGCAGGGCGCGCGCCUCGUGGACGAGCUGGAGGCCGCCAGGCUGGCCAGGGCGUCGAGGACGGCCGCCGCGGCCACGGACGUCGCGGAGGACGUCCCGGAGGGCGCCGUGGACGUGGUGCCCGCCAUCUCCAGGGUCACGCUGCGCGCCAUCUGCGUGACCGCCAUGGGUAAAGUCGGAUUCCAAAGCUCCGGGGACUCGGCGGAGGAAGGCGAGAAGACUUACUUCGAAUCAAUCCACAGGGUGGGCACCGGCAUCGUCCACCGCCUGGUGCGGCCGUGGCUAUGGAUGCCGAUCGUGUACAAGAGGACCGCGUCGUACCGCCAGCUGUUCAACGACCUGCGCACCCUCCACGGCUACACUGCAAAGGUGAUCGCGGAGCGCAAGGCGCUGCUCGACGACCCGGACGCGAGGCCGCACGAUGACGGCGACAGCAAGCGGCGGGUGCUGCGGCCCUUCUUGGACGUGCUGCUGAGCGCGCAGAGGGACGGCGCCGACCUCAGCGACACCGACAUCCGCCACGAGGUGGACACCUUCAUGUUCGAGGGCCACGACACCACCUCCAUGGCGCUGAGCUGGGCGCUGGAGCUGCUGGGCCGCCACCCCGAGAUGCAGGACAAGCUGGUGGAGGAGCUGGAGGGCGCGGGCAGCGACUGGGACUCCGUCUCCAGGCUGCCCUUCCUGGACCGCGUGCUCAAGGAGUGCCUCCGGCUGCGGCCCAGCGUGCCGUUCAUCGCCCGGCAGCUGGACACCGACGCCGUCAUCGCGGACGGCCAGAUCAUCCCCGCGGGCGCCGCCGUCAACGUCAACAUCUACGACCUGCACCGCCACCCGGACUUCUUCCCGGACCCCGAGCGCUUCGACCCCGACCGCUUCCUGCCGGACAAGGAGCAGGCGCGCCACCCCUUCGCCUACGUGCCCUUCAGCGCCGGGCCCAGGAACUGUAUCGGCAAGCGGUUCGCCGUCAUGGAGAUGAAGCUGCUCCUGGCCAGCGUGGUGCGCGCCUUCAGCGUCCGCUCCGCCAUGCCGGCCAAGCUGGACGUCAUCGCCGACCUGGUGCUGCGGCCGCGCGCCGGCGUGUACCUGGAGCUGACGCCGAGGUGAACACGCCGGGGAGCGCGGCGUUGAUUCCAUUCCUGGAGAGAGAAAAGAAAACGACAAUCACGAUUACGGGCGGGAAGACAAGCACAUGGACAAUGUCAUUGGACCUUCACUGUACAGUAGACUUAUCAAGACGAAAAAGAUUAUUUAUUUCGUAAGAGAGAAAAAAAGCAGCAGUGGAACGUGUAUGUUGAGUCCCUCACAGACAAUAAAUCUUUUUCUACUUUACGAAA